GAAAAAUAGAAAUUCAAUGCACUCGUCACCGCCGUCGGGGUCACACACUAUCGGAAAAAAUCUCAGAUCAGUUUUUAAAGUGAUUGCUGCGAGCGAGGUGGUUCGAAUCAAGACGUAGCAUCGAAGUCGAACGGUUGAAGGGUUUGAAUUGCGUGAAGUUUUGUAUCGACGUAUUGCGGAAGUAAAAGUUGCUUAAGUUUUUGGAUGGGAUAGUGAUAAAUAUAGUUAAGUAGUGAACAAUUUGAAGAAGACAACCAAAGCAAAAGGAUUAAGUGAAAUUUUCCAAGAUAUAAAGUGAUUGGUGCCCAAAUUGAAAGAGUUGCAGCUAAAAGUAAAUAAAAAGUGAAUCGAGACCAUUUGAUAAACAGAAUGAACAGUUACUGAAGUGAUCAACCAGAGCAGAUUCCAAGUUGCUUCGAGUUUCCACUUAGAAAUGCAGAACUUCAAUUCAAUCAUGGCCAGCUCGUUGGCUCAACAACAGCAGCAGUCGCAUCAGCAGUCCAGUGGAAGUAGUUGGUACGAUAUGACCAUCAAGUCGGAGCCCGUGGAGUCCUCAAAUAAUUACGGACAUCAGUAUCCGAAUCAUCACCAUCAUCGCCUCCAUCAUCAGCAAGAAACGCCCAUGAUGCACUCCAGCCCAACGUCACCUCAAAGCGUAGAUAGCAUGGACUCGAUGAGCGGUAGAAGCCAAUACUAUGAUCCAAAGCCGUCCAAUGGAAUGAUCCACGGGUACAACCCUCUUGGAUUCAAUCCUUUAACUCCACCUGGAUAUGCAGGAUUGUUUGUUCCACAACAACAGCAACUAGUUCGGCAGACGACUCCCAAUCGGAACUAUGUUAAGCAAGAAUCGGACUUUGUGUCAUCUACGCUCACUCCAACGCACACACCACCAAUGGACGUAACUCCACCUAAGUCCCCCAAAGAAUCUGCAGAAACACCCGAAAAGGAGGAUGAGCAUGGCUCCGACUGUGGAGAAUCGUACGAUGGCAGCGAAGAUGAAGACGGAAUUAGAAAACCAAAAAUCAACUCCCACGGAAAAGUGAAGAAAUUCAAGUGCAAACAGUGUGACUUCGUGGCAGUUACCAAGCUCAGCUUUUGGGAACACACCCGAGGUCACAUAAAGCCGGAAAAAAUGCUAACGUGCCCUAAGUGUCCUUUCGUUACCGAGUACAAGCACCAUCUCGAAUACCAUCUCCGGAACCAUCAGCGAUCGAAACCAUUCCAAUGCCCCAAGUGUAGCUACAGCUGUGUCAACAAAUCUAUGCUGAACUCGCACAUGAAAUCCCACUCGAAUGUGUUUCAGUACCGCUGCGCUGAUUGCAACUACGCAACCAAGUACUGCCACUCGCUCAAGCUACAUCUUCGAAAGUACACACACAAACCGGGUUUGGUUCUAAACCUGGACGGCACACCCAACCCAUUGCCUAUCAUCGAUGUCUACGGAACUCGCCGCGGUCCGAAAACCAAAGCACAGAAAGCUCAAGACUUGAAAUCAGAAUCUCGUCGAUCUCCACUCCCCGCUCAAACACCUUUAUCUCCGCAAUCCCACCAAUCGAUUCCCAAUCAAUCAACCUUUACUCCUCCCAGCUCCCAAUCAACGAAUCUCUCUCGAACGCUACUACCCCAUCAGCUUCUACCAAAUCCUUUAGCAAAUAUGUUCAAGAACGCGGCUUCCAACAACCUUUCUCUCUUCCCGUACCUAAACCUCAACUUCCAGAUGUUCGCCGAUCAGCAAGCUGCCAUGGCCCAACUUUCACCCAACUUCCAUCAGCAACUGUCCUCGCACCUUACCGACAAACUUACCAGCGAAGAUUCUUCCGAGUCACCUUCCAAAGCCUCAUCCAUUUCCCCAACAUCCCCCGCCCGUAACCCUACCUCCGCUCUGAGUGAGGAACUCUUCAAACAAAUCAAAGCAGCAGCAGCCGACAGCUCGAACCUCAAAACCUCGGAAACCGAAUCCGAACCGGCAGCUUCGUUCCACGAUGAACUCCGCACUCCCCAAACGCCCUCCACCAGCACCAUCCCGAACCCAACAACUAGUCAUCCGACGGCCUCCAACAGCACUGGCAAGAGCCGUCGAAAGGGGCGCGCCUUCAAGCUGGAACGUCUGUCCGAAUUCACCAAAGCCCUGGAAUCAGCCCCCUCCCCGAUGGACCAGUCGGACGAUGAACAUUCCAACGCGUCGGUCUCGAACAUCGCCGCCACCGCCAGCGCUCCCCAAGCGCCAUCACCGACGAUGGUCGACAGCUCCGUACAGACAACGGCCACAGAAACCGCGGCAGCUCCGACGCCGCGCAGCUUCGAGUGCAAAUACUGCGACAUCAGCUUCCGGGACGAUGUCCUGUACACGAUCCACAUGGGCUACCACGGGUACGACGAGGUGUUCAAGUGCAACAUGUGCGGCGAACGGAGCGACGAUCGGAUCGGGUUCUUCCUGCAUCUGGCGCGGAAGGCGCACUGAUAUUUGGACGUUUAGUCACGUUUGAGGGCACUAGUCGUUGUUGAACUGAGCCGUUAGUAAGGAUCAAAACGUAUGAAGACUGAAGUUAGUCCUAGCUGGUAAGUGAGGGAAGUAAAUCAUAAGAAAAAUGUUCAAAUCUAACGAUUACCGAAGACUACCAAAUAAGUUCAAAGCGUUUUCAUUAUAAAUGUAAUAAAUUGUUGUAAAAAGUUAUAGGAGAUCUGUAAAUCAUUCUUGAAAACCGAGCAUAAAAUCAAAGAGUAGUAUAAGGACAAAUCAAAUUGCAUAAUUAGGGAAGAAAGCUAUUGAGCAGUUGUUUAUAAUUAUAUUAGGUGGGACAUUGGUCCUGAUAAGAGUUGUUGUGUAAUUCCAAAGUUGCUAGGUUAAGACUCGCCAUGUACCUAUUUGCCAUAUUUAUCAACGAAAUCGAUCAAUAAAUUAUUUAAAACUUAAACAA